UUCGUUUUCAGAUGUUUUAGCACCAUCGGUCUUCGUCGCUAUGCCGGCUGCCCCGCAACUCGUGGAAUUCCCGGACGCCUUGGGGUUCGGAGCGCCGCUCUUCGUUCGGUGCGCGUGGCGCGAUGUGGGCUCUGAUGCGGUGGAAAGCGACACCGCCGUUUGCGACCUCGUCAUGAUCGAUGGCAGCCGUUGCUGGGCAGGGCCAUUGCAACGCAGAGAUUUGGCAGGGCCGUUAGGUGAUAGCUGGAAAGAUCCCGCCAACCUACGACUCCUACAAAAUGCACUCUCGGCGCCCAACAGCCGGACACCAGUGCCAUUCGCAGGCCCCCGAGCUGAAGCAUCAUGGCGGCGCGGGGAGGCAGAGACCUUGGAACUUACGGUGCGGUUCAUCUAUCGGGAGGGCCCCGUGGCCGCGAUCCAGGGGGCAAAGUUUCCCAGCGUGAACUUCAACGCGGCCAUCAGCAAAAUCUGCGAGGGGGUCAGGAAUCUGCAAGAAGAAGUGCGAAAACAGAAGGACAAGGUGCAGGCAGAACGCGGGACUCUGCAGGAGAGGCAAGAAGUACUGAAGAGGCGGCUCGAGAUCUUGCCGAAAGAAUUUGAGGCUCAUGAGAUGCACAUGCUCGAGGGCCUCUGUGGCGUGUUGAACGCCCAGAAGCGCCGCUGCCGGAGCCUCUGGGAAUCCACGGUGGAUGGCCCCGGCCUGGCCGCGGGCGCCGGUGCGGGCGAAGCCGCGGUCGCGCCGACGAUGUCCUUGGAGGAGUGCUUGGACCGAGAGGUGCCCAACCUGGGGCCCGUCGAGGAGAGGGACGAGCCAGUGCCCCGGAUGCCGGCGCCCGCAGCGGCAGAACCGGUGGAGUCGGCGCCUUCGAUGUUCUCCUUGUCCUUCGACGUGAGCCGCGACAGCCGCGCGGAGAAUACGUUCAGCAUCCCUCUGACGCUGGGCAUGAGCGCGCCUCAUUUGAGCGCCUCCUCGAGGGUCACUGCGCGGCGGUGAGAGAAAAAAGGAG